AUGGAAGGCCUCAAUGAAGAUUCACUUCCCCGACCAGAAUAUCCAGUCAUCGAUGAGCUAGUUCAAAACCCUGCUGUCUCUCCCGCCGAGGCAGUCCAGAAACUCCUUCGCGUUCGCGAGGUCUUACAUCAGGAGAGACAGGAAUCCGAAUCCCCCUCUGAUAUCGAUGGUAAUCAUACGUGGUAUGCCAUGACCAAAGUUGUGGACACCGCAAACAUCACUCCACCAGAUCAGCAAGACAAACUCAUCGACUUUAUUUUCGAGCUGCACCGUACCAAGGUUAUUGAUCCUGCCACAGGCGAAGAGCCAACAGCCGUUGAUCAAAAGAUAUGGACUGAGGUUCCAUACCUGAGCAUAUAUUUGACUGAUUGUUAUUAUUUCAAUUUCAAGCCUGAAUAUGCCCGGCAGGUAGAUGAGGAUCCCCAAAAGGAGUAUCCUCCAAGUGAUCUUCAGGAGUGGGAGAACCGGAAUGCCUUCAUGGCGCACCUUACGAGGAGAGUAGAGCACCUCUGCCAUCUUUUAGACGCAUCUCUGUAUGCAUUCUAUUCGUGUCGAUCAGCGUUUGAGGAAGGGCCGUUGAUAGAGGAGGCUGUACGCACUGCAUGUAUCUGGUAUAUAUACGCCGGUCAGCGCGUAUGGGAGAACUGUCAGGUUGGACGGCUCUUCGGGGAUGAGGACCAAACUCCGCGCCGAGAUAUGCACAUGGAUAGAUGGCGCCUCUGGAAAGAUGGACUGAAGGCGGCACAACGGGAGUUCCCUAGGGAAAGUACACAGGAGAUGAUACGGAAGGCAUUGGAAGAGGUUGAGAAAGCAGAACAUGGAAAGAAAGAAACCAAUCAAUAAGAAUCAUGGUAGAGAAUCCACGGAGACGCAAAAUGAUAGUGAUGACGGCUCAAGCCCAAGCCGUCAGCCGGACGAUGGG